CAAAGGGAACGUGGUUAAGGGGUUCGCCAGUCAUGACAAAAACUCAACUAUAAACAAAUCACAAGUUGGCAAAAUUUUCCUAUUGGCAGCUACAUGUAGAUGGCAGCUUGGAUGAGAUUAUCAUGUAAAAAAAACCCAAAGCUGGCCUAUCAUCGCAUCACAUGGUCAUAACAAGUACCCCUUGUUAGAUCAGCCAAUCAACCUCACGGCAAAAGUGUCCAACACUCCAAAUCCUCGUCUCGCUCUCACCAAAGUCAGAAUCACCUUCCCCAAACACGUCUCACAUGUCCUUAAAAUAAUACUCCUCCCAUCCAACGGUUCAGAUUGCGAGUCACAGUCUCAGAGAGCGAGGAUCCAACGGCGGCCGAGCACUAACGGAAUCUUUCCUCGCUGUCGAAGGCAGUGGGCCCCGGUGAACAGUGGCACGCAGUGCAACCAACCAAGCGACGAGAUCCCAUAUCCUCUCGAGCUCUCCUCCUCAUCGAGCAAAGCAACCAAGAACUUCUCCUUCCCCUGCUUCCCCCACCGGCCAUGGCCAUGUCCAUGGCGAUGUCGAGAGCUCUCGCCGCGCGGCAUCGAAGCCAUUUGGGCCACCGAAUUGAGGUGAAGAGCCACCAUGCGUCCCCGCCGCGGCUUCCUCUUCUUCCUCGGAGUCCCGGGCUCACGCUCGCGUCGCGCCCGCGGAUGCUACCGGCGAGGCCCAGGAUGUCGUCGAGUGAGUCGGACCUGUCGCCGACGCCGCCGUCGGAGCGCACCAUGACGGCCUGGGACCUAGCCAGCCUCUGGGUCGGCCUUGUGGUCGGCGUGCCGUCCUACUACCUCGCCGGCAGCCUCGUCGACCUCGGCAUGUCGGCGCUGCAGGGCGUCGCGACCGUCGCGUUCGCCAACCUGGUGGUGCUCGUCUCGCUCGUGCUCACGGCCGCGCCGGCGGUCACGCACGGGCUGCCGUUCCCGGUGCUCGCGCGAGCGGCGUUCGGGGUGCGCGGCGCGCACUUGCCGGCGGUCAUCCGCGCGCUCGUCGGCUGCGGGUGGUUCGGCAUCGAGUCCUGGAUCGGUGGCCGCGCCGUGUUCCUCCUCCUGCCGUCCAGGCUCAAGUCGUACCAGCCGCUGCUCGCGCCGGUGCCAGGCCUCGGUGCAGCGCCGCUGGAGUUCGCGUGCUUCCUCGCGUUCUGGGCCGCGCAGCUCGGCGUCAUCAUGCACGGGAUGGAGGGCAUCCGCAAGCUCGAGAAGUACUCGGCGCCGGUGCUCAUCGUGCUCACCUCCGCGCUGCUGGCCUGGGCCUACGUGUCCGCCGGCGGCUUCGGGCGCAUCCUCUCGCUGCCGCCGAGGCUGACGCGCGCCGAGUUCUGGAAGGUGUUCUUCCCGUCGCUCACCGCGAACAUCAGCUUCUGGGCGACGGUGGCCAUCAACAUACCGGACUUCGCGCGGUACGCGCGGAGCCAGGCGGACCAGGUGCUCGGCCAGGCCGGGCUGCCGGUGUUCAUGGGCAUGUUCACCUUCGCCGGCCUCGCCGUGACGUCCGCCACCGAGGCCAUCUUCGGCCACGUCAUCUCCGACCCCAUCGAGCUCCUCGGCCGCAUCGGCGGGCCGGUGACGACGGUGCUCGCCAUCGUCGGCAUCAGCCUCGCGACCAUCACGACCAACAUUGCCGCCAACGUGGUGGCGCCGGCGAACGCGCUCGUCAGCAUGAGCCCGCGCAAGUUCACGUUCGCCAAGGGGGCGCUGGUCACCGCGUUGCUCGGCAUCGCCUUCCAGCCAUGGCGGCUGCUCAGCUCCAGCGAGAGCUUCGUCUACACAUGGCUGCUCGGCUACUCGGCUCUCAUGGGCCCGAUCGGAGGGAUCAUCCUCGCCGACCACUACAUCGUCCGGCGAACCGCGCUGGACGUCGACGCGCUCUACUCGGAGGACAGCCACGGGCCUUACUAUUUCCAGGGCGGUUUCAACGUCGCCGCCAUGGCGGCGAUGGCGGCCGGAGUUGCGCCGAUCGUGCCGGGAUUCCUGCACAAUGUUGGAGUUCUACCGAGCGUCUCCAAGGCAUUUGAGACAGCCUACAACAACGCUUGGUUCGUCAGUUUUUUCGUCGCCGGCGCCGUCUACUGCCUGCUCUGUCGCCGGAAUAGGAAUGAACUGAAACACCAGCACGAUUGAUUGUAAUUUGCAAACACAAAGGAGUAAAAAAUGUUGCAAAUGAUAGUUGAAAGCAACAUCAGCAAAUGCUUGGAAAACAA